AUGGCCCCGUCCGUGACAAACGGAUCAGUUGCGACCCCCCCAGGCUUACCUGAAGAAGUCAGCAAGCCUCCCGAGGACAUUGUUCUGCCUCCGAAAGAUAUUAGAACCAUUAUCGAGAAGACCGCCGGGUUUGUAGCGCGUAAUGGUCCUGUUUUUGAAGAUCGAGUCCGCGACAAAGAGAAAUCUAAUCCGAAAUUCUCCUUUUUGAAUCCGAGUGAUGCCUAUGCUGCAUUUUACUCAUGGCGACUUAGCGAAAUCAAGGCGGGUAGGGGGACUGCAAUUUCUGCUGGCCGAGCUGGGGAACCAGUGGCUGCACCAGAACCCGAAAAGCCAACGGGCCCGGCUCAGCCCCCGGAAUUUCAUUACUCUGCGCGUAUGCCGAAUAUCAAUGCUCUGGAUCUUGAAGUAGUCAAACUGACUGCCCUAUUUGUCGCCAAGCGAGGGAAAUCGUUUAUGACCGCCUUGUCCCAGCGCGAAACGAGAAACUUCCAGUUUGACUUUCUUCGGCCACAGCAUAGCCUCUACCAGUUCUUCACCCGGCUUGUUGACCAAUACACAUCCCUUCUUCAAGUCGAUGAGUCGGAUGGUUCUAAUUCAAUGUCGAGCCGAAUAGCGGAACUAGAAAGGAAUGUGAAGGACAAGUAUCAUAUCCUCGAUCGGGCAAAACAGCGCGCUGAGUGGGUUAAAUUUCAGCAGCAACAAAAGCAAAAGAAGGAGGAGCAGGAGGAGCAAGAACGGAUUGCAUAUGCCCAAAUCGACUGGCAUGAUUUUGUGGUAGUGGAAACUGUUCUUUUCACAGAGGCGGACGACCAGGCCGAACUCCCACUCCCAACAACGUUGAACGAUCUACAGACCGCCUCCCUAGAACAAAAGGCAAUGAUGUCUUUACAACCGCACGACAGACGAAUCGAGGAAGCAAUGCCCACAUAUGAAGAGGCAACAUACUACGACGCCUACCCACGUUCGCAAGACGUCUCAUCCCCAGCCCCACAGCACCCUAUCCCAGUUCCUGUCACAGCAGACCACCAACAGCCGUCCCCCUUCCCCCCCAAAUCUCCUACGCCUAUCUCAACCCCUACAACCCCGAUGACCGCCCCCUAUGUCUCUGAAGAAGAAGAUCGCAUCCGCGAACGCCAACAAGAACGCGAACAGGCACAAUCAGCCCAGGCUGCUGCGCGCGCCAUACCCACGCCGCCUCCAGGCUCCACCCAACAACCCAUGCGCAUCCGCGCCGACUACGUACCCCGCGCCCAAGCCAAACGUCUGAACACUACUGCCACCCCAACAACCCUCUGUCCUAACUGCCGCCAGCAAAUCCCCAUCAACGAAAUCGACCAUCACAUGCGUAUCGAGCUGCAGGAUCCGCCGGAAUAG